UGCAAGAUUGCCGUUUCUAGCCUUCUUCCAUUCUGGGCUAACGUUUCUGACGUUUCCUCUCUUUCUCCAAUUUUGGUAUCUACUUUUCCUUCUUUAUUACCAAAACAACAAAAGAGAGAGAGAGAGAGAGACUUAUAUCAGUUGGGGUGGGCUUGUUGGGUGGUGAGGAGGAGAGUCGAGUGACAGGGGGAAAAUGGGUAGAGGGAGAGUUGAGAUGAAGAAGAUUGAGAACACUACUAGCAGGCAAGUCACCUUCGCCAAGCGUCGUGCCGGGUUGCUGAAGAAGGCACGUGAGUUGUCUGUUCUAUGUGAUUCUGAGAUCGCCCUUAUCAUCUUCUCCAGUACUGGGAAGCUUUUUGAAUUCUCAAGUUCUUGCAUGAAGCAGACACUUUUGAAAUAUACCAAGUGCAUGGAACGUUCUGAAGCUUCUUUGGUUCAAUAUGAGCAAGAGAAGAAACAAUCUGAGGAGGUUAUCAUUCUGAAAGAUGAAAUUGCAAAGCUGCAAAUGGCACACAUGCACAUGAUGGGCAAGGAACUGAAUGGCUUGAGCAUAGAAGAUUUGCAGCAUCUGGAGCAUCAAUUAAGUCAAGGGAUAUUAUCUGUGAAGGAGAGAAAGGAGCAAUUACUGUUGGAACGGCUUGAAAAAUCGACUUUACAGGAACAAAGAGCCAUGAUGGAGAAUGAGACUUUACGCGGGCAGGUUAAAGAGCUUAAAGGUCUGCUACUGUCAACUGAACGUCCAAUGCCAGCUUUUCUUGAAUUUGAGCCUGUGGGAGGGAAAUAUGCUCUCGUAAAGCCUGAUGUGAUAAGUUCAAGUGUGGUUCAUAAUCGUGCAGUGGAUAAGCAAGGAGAUUCAGACACUUCGUUGCACUUGGGGUUGUCAAAUGAUGUUUUCCACAAGAGGAAAGCACCUGAAAGAGAAUCUUGCUCCAACAAUUCUGGGGCUAGAAUGGCUUAUCUUAAUUCUUCCUUGAAGUGUCUUACCUCAUCUUGUAAUGAGUAACGCUGCUGGAUACCUCGCGGUGUCCUCUGGUACUGGUUUAAAAGGCUAGAAUUGAAACAGUGAUCAUAGAAAAUAUUGCAGUUCUCAUUUACUUGUAGUUUUCUUAAAUUGGGUGGCUUCUGGAUCAUCUGACAAGCUUUAGGUACUCUUUUUUUCUAAAGAGAGAACACCUGAAUUUUUUUUUAGGUUGGGCAUGAAAUAUUAGUGUUAUAGUGCAUGUAGUUUGACUUAUUUUGGAGUGAUGUAGCCAUUUAUACUUAUUUGGGUCUCUUAAUUUUGGUGCA